GUGGUAAUACGGUUCCCAUCCACACGCCAGCUUCCGCCUGACUGUCCGCGUGAAGCUCGGCGAAUCUCAAGUGGACCGAGCGGAACCGGUUCAGUAAAGUGAGAGUGCGAUGUGGAGAGGAGCCAGAGAGUGAGGCGAUGGGCUGCACCUCUGCUAAGCAGGUGUCGGCCGUGCCCAGCGAUGAGGAGGGCCGGGGCAAGGCCUACAGCAACGGAGACCUCUUCACCGACGAGUACAAGAUGAAGGGAGUGGAGGAGGUGAAGUACAUGCGUGGAGAGGAGGACCGGGUGAAUGCACGCAACCAGGAGAACCUGGAGAAGAGCUCUUUACAGUACAGGGGAAAACCACACAAAGAAGGCUCUGGAGCCAACGCCAACAGGACAAAUAUCCACACGUCAGAGAGCCAGCAGGAGUUCUUCAGGAUGCUGGAUGAGAAGAUUGAGAAGGGACAGGAUUACUGUUCAGAGGAAGAAGAGGCAGAGGAUGGGACAUAGCUAACAGGCCCCCGACUCAACCCCCUACAGAGAGCCUCCCAGAGUGUGUGUGUGUGUGUGCAUGUUAGACUGAAUCAGUGUUUGUAUGUUGUGUGUGUCUAUGUAUGUUUGACUGCCUUUGUAUGUGAUUCUGUAUGUGUCUGUGUGAGCAUGUAGGUUUUUUGUGUGUAUGUGUGAGAGAGAGGGCAAGCUAUUCUCAGACUGGCUGUCGUCCCAUUGGGCCCCUGAGUGAAUUACUGGAGGGAGAGACGAAUGAGGAGACAUACAGACAGACAUGUGGACUCACUGUAGCCAUGCCAGUGUGCCUGCUCCCCCGCAGGACUAUGGAGAAACCCUCCCCUCUACCCCAACUACCACCCCAGUGAACUGUUCUGUGGACCCUGGUCCAGCUCUGUGUAUACCACCCCCUCAUGACUACAACAUGGAGAAGGAGGACAAACAGAAGAGGAACGAGCAUUAUGGGAGUUGGAGUCUGGGAGACACCCUCCUGGUUUCUACCUUCAAUGGCCCUGGCUGUUGUGCUUCACCUGCGAGGAGCAGAGAUGUGGAUAGAGAUAGAGGGGUGCUGGGGAAGGGGGUCACUUCCAUAACCCCCACCAGCCCCCAUCAGACAACGGAGGCUCGUUGCUGCAGUGGGCCAGACAGAGGGAAGGAAGGAAGGGAGGGGGGGGAAAAGAAAAAUCUAGAUAUUUUAAUAAGAGAAAGAAGAGUCAGUGAGUGGCUUAUUUUGAAACUCUGAACUCCUGCCUUUUUGAAGGACUUUUUUUAUUAUGUUCAUCCAGUUAAUUAUUUUUAUUUUAUUUUCAUGUUUUUUUUAAUUUGGCUUCUAUCAUAGUGAAUCACCUCCUGCAGGCUGCAGCUCUAUAGGUCAGAGCUUCUGUGUUGCUAGACAACCUGUCCUCUUAAAUAUACCCUCAACGCUACUAUACCAGACCUUGACUAUGUGAAACACACACUCACCUUCAUAUUCAUAGAUGCAGACCCACAAAUACACACUCAUACAUUCAGACACAGACACACACUCAUACGGACAGACAAACUCAGAUAGACGCAUACACACACAUAUGCCAUUGUAUUCCUGUCAUUUCAUUAGCCGAGUGUUAUGUAAGUAUGUCGAUAGGCUGUGAUGUUGAGGGGUUUGGGUGAAUGUUGGAACCAGCAGCUGUGGGUUGGUUGCUUUCUGCUGCUGGACUUAUUCAUGUCCACCUGCAGUGUUUAUUGCUCUUUCUUCUGCAUUGGUAGCUCAGUCGCCGCUUCUCUUCAACUCAGCAGUAUUGACGCUUACUGGCAGAGUGGAGUCACCCUCUGUUGACACACACACAAACACACACAGCCUUUUCAUGGACUAAGAAGUGAGAUUUAAAGGAAAAGAGGUGUGGUUGCCUGGGAGACACAGCCCUGAUUGUGCUUCUGUCAUGAUUACUGGAUCGUUCCUUUUUAAUUUGAUUUUCAAUACUUUUUGUUUUUCUAUUAAAAUAAAAACACAGGAGCUGUU